CUUUCUUCCUUUGCAUCAACACCUCGAUCCCAUGUCAUGACCACAACGAUGGCCAUGCCCGCAGAGGCAGCCACAACCAACGAGCAGCAAGCUGGUCCUUCACAGCCAGCAAAGAAGACUGCGGCGGCCAAGAAGCGCAAAAACCCAUCGGCAGCAGCGGCAGAUGCGCCCGCACAGCCCAACACCUUGUUGUUCGGAGGGCAUAUCGGCACCACAUCAUCUCAUCCACCUCCUCCCGGAUGGCUAGGCGCAGGAGGCGGCCAUCGUCGCACUCUACCGGAGAGCAUCUUGCCAUUCAAGCUUCCCACUCGCUCACACGGGCAACCCAUCGCCCCAGCCGCCAACGAUGACCAAGACUCUUCCUCCUCCUCCUCCUCAGACUCGGACGACUCGGACGACAGCGACCCCGAAUCCUCAGCCCGUCGCAAACGUCGUCGAGCCACAUCAGCUGCGCAUCGCAGCGGUAUGCUCCUUAACCAAUCACUCCGUCAAUCCCGCCUCUUCUACAUGGCCUCCCUCCUCCCUCCUCACUCUCACCGUACCAAAGCCGGCCUGCAAUUCCCCAACAGCAUACCAGAGGAACAGCUCCACGGCAUGGUGCCGGCGCAGAAGGGGACGUACAAUGUCGUGCCCCUCGGCAAGGUGCAGCUGGAGAUUGACCCGCACCUGUUUGCCAAUACGCGCAUCUUCGAGAUGACCAAGGCCAGCCUAGCGCCGCCCGGUGCAUCAGGCUCCCCUCCUGUCGCCGGGUCCGGUGGUAGACCUACGCCUCAGGGAUCGCCAAAGGAGAAAGGAGCCAAGAAGACUGGACCAAAGGGUGGGAGGAAGAGUGGCGAGCCCAAAGCGCCCAAGGUGUCGAAGAAGGACGCAAAGGCUCAGCAGCAGCAACGGCAGGCAGAGCAGCCAGCUCCAUCAGGCAUGCCACCCCAUAUGAGGCCCACCGCGAAUGCUUCAGGCUCAGGAUCCGGUUCCGGCCCUUCUUCGCCUCUUACAAGCCCACCACCAGCAGAUUCUUCCCCACGACCCCCACCCCCUCAGGGCUCUACCUCCUCCUCGUCGAGCAACACUCCUCAACCUCCCACCGCUAAGCAGAUUGAUCCCAACCUCGUCAAUCGCGUCAAUGCCAAGGCAGCCAACGAUCCGGGACUUCGCGCCCUUCUGCACGUCGCGGCAAAGGGACAGGCUAGUCCUGAGCAACUGAGGGAGUUGGGGCUGGUGAUCGCCAAGGUGACGAAGGAGAUGGAGGUGGAGGGGUUCAAGGUGCAGACGGGAAUGGCGAGGAGUCCGCCUCAAAGUCAGCAAGGGUCUAAACCACCCCCGCCGCUGCCGAAGCCGGGGGGAAGUAAGGAGGGGGAGGAUGGGUUGGGGAGCGGGAAAGGCAAGGCCAAAAGCAAAGGGAAGGGGAAGGAUAAGGCGAUCAAGGAGGAGCAACAGGGAGGGCCAGAGAGUGGGCCGUCGUCCGCCACAGCCACCGAAUCUGCGCCAGUAACGAAGCCUUCGAAGCCAAAGAAGGCAAAGGCAGCGGCUGAGACUAGCGAAGGUGCGGCCAUCAACACGGCAGCAGCACCUUCUUCAGCUUCAUCAGGCGCCGCUGAUCGCACGCCAGCAGAGGCAAGCGCUACCACUUCUUCCAACAGCACCAAGACUACGGCAAAAUCUGCACGUCCCGCUCCUUCCACCUCAUCCUCCAUUCGACCACUCGCCGUAACUCCCACGCCUCCACCUCCCAAACCCAACCGACCACCCAUCCUCAUCGUAGAGUUCCGCGAAUCCCUUUCCCAUCGAUACUACCUACCUGUGCAUUCCGCCCUCGUCACACGGACGCUACGCCGGCAGACUCCCUACGCCUCGACUGGGGUGCGAGAGAUGAUCAGCGGUUUGGGCGAUGAUGCGGAAGAGAUGGAUGGAGGAGAGGAGAUCGAGGAGGAUGGGAGCGUGGGGGAGAAGGGCACAAGAGGGUUCCCCGUGACGAUCAGAUUCACGGCCGUCGCCCCCUCCAAGGAUGAAUUUAGGCGCGGGCAGGGUCAGCAGCAAGAGCAACAGCAUCAGACCUUGGCGGCUCUGUGGGAGGCUGUGGGGAGGGUACCGGGGGUGACUACAAUUGGAGGGGAGGAAGAGGAGAGCAAAGGGCUCAACCCAAUCACCCAGGCAUCAUCAGAGAGCCGCAGCAUGGACGUCGAUCGUCCUACCGCUGGCGAGGCGGAAAAGGACGACUUAUCUCGAGCCGAGGGCGACGAACAAGAAGAAGCACAACGCCGUGCCCUUGAGCUCAAGGCGAGGCACGAAGCAGAGAUCCAGCGCCAGCGCGAGGUAGCACGCAAAGAGGCCGACGACCUUGUACGCCGGGAGAAAGAGCACGUCGCCACCCUCGAGCGCGCCCUUAGUGCAGCCCUUUCACACCUUCCUGCGCCCCUCGCUCUCGACUGGUCAAAGCCCCUCCCUCCAGGUCUCGAGCCCCACCUCACGGACAAUUUCGCCCCUCAACUUGGGUCGAGCGUCCAAUUCGGUAUAGCGGGGCAGGUGGACGGGAGGAGGAAGAACACCAGCAUCAAUGCGAGUGCGAGCGUUCCGCAGCUACUCGGGGCGGACGAGGAUCUCGAAGUCGAUGGGGAUAUGACGAUAGCUUCCGCCUCUUCAUUCAGUCAAGACGUCUCUCAUCCGCCCAUCCCUACCGGUCUCACCCGUUCCGGCAAGCCGAAACGUCGCCCUCGCCCUGUGGCGACGCACAAUGCCGACGGCUCCUUGAAGAGGGAGAUGACGAGCAGAUGGAGGGUCAGCCUGGUGUGGUGGGAGCUGAGGAAGCGGAGCAGGGUUGGAGCAGACGAUGAGCGCCACUCUCAUCCUUGCUAAUCUAUGUCACUUUGACCAUCUACAUUCGGGACGUCGCUACGACACUCUGAUGCAGGCAGGUACGGUGACCGGCGAAGCUAGGAGUCUCGGAUCCCUGGCGGACUGAUUCGACCCCG